AUGGGACCAAGCAUGCCAGCCAUGUCUGAUGCUUCGUUUGCGCUCACUGCCCAACUAUACAGGAAUGAAGCAAAAUCUUUGCAAACACAGCUGCAGUUUAAUAGAAAUGUUCCUGCAGUUCCAGAGAACUUGGCUCUCAGAUUCUCUAAUCCUUGUCCAAUUAUAAUAGAAAAAUUGAAGGUGUCCAGUGAUGAGAGAAAUCUAGCUGGAAGUGAGGCCCCCAGCAUAAGAAGCUCUGGCAUGUUUUCAGUGGUAUCUGAAGAGAGACUAAAGUUGGCUAUUCAGCUAGCUAAAAGGGACUUAAAGCGAAGACAUCUUGAAGAGCAGGUGAAAGAGGAAGUGUUUGGAGAUGCUGCCAAUAAACCAUUGGUGGCUCAAAAAUUACCACAGCAGAAGACUGAAGUAUUUGAAAGUCCAGAAAAUAAAAAUGCACUGUCUCAAAAGUCUCAUACUUACUCAAAAUACCAGCAGAAACUCAGUAAGCCUUCCAAAGUGGAGACUACCACCUCUGGUGCUAAAGUUUAUGUCUACACACCGAAUGAGGGAAAGCCAAUACCAGCUGUUUUGGACUGUCCACCCACCCAUGACAUGCAGCUGGACCCCAAGCGAAACAUAAGCAAACAAGAAGAUAAUAAUAUGCAGGAAGUUCGACGGCUGCAAAAGGAAUUGAGCAGCUGUGUCCAGAAAAUUGAAGAACUGGCUAAAAAAGGGAAAGAUAGAGAAAUAUUAGAUCCUGAUGAAGAGCAACGAGCUUGCACUAGGAGACAGAAGCAAGCUGCACGAUCAGCUCGGAUGCUGUAUGUACUCCAGCAACAGGUAAAAGAAAUUCAUGGUGAUCUAGAGAAACUGAGUCCUCAUAAAAUCAGACAUACUAAAAAGUCUCGAGCAGUAUCCAGAUUGGCAGCAGCACACAGAGGAGCUGUACGAGCCUUGCAGGCAUUUGCCAGCCACUUUACAGAGCAAACAGAGCAGCAGGUUCCUACAUACUACAAGGAACUGGGUAGUCUCAUUCGACAACUGUCUCUCUGUUCUGCCAAACUAGAAGGGGAUUCUUCCAUUUCUGACAUUAUCAUAGAUAUUUUGCUGCAAGUUGAGGAUCUGGAGUCACUGCUGGAAAAGAGACAAACACCCAAAAAAGUGAAGAAAUGCAUUUCAGUAUCUCAGGGCAAAUCUCCAAGGAACACUGAGACAUUUCCAGACCAAAAGCAGCUUACAUCUCCAAAACGAGAAAACAAACCUCUCUUCUUACAGAGACAGCAGGGACAAAAACUUAGUAAACCUCCAGCUGCCAAGAAUCUCUUGACUGCAGUUCGGAAGGCAAACAGUUGUGCUCAUGUAUUGCACGAUAAAUUCCGAGAAGAAAAGGUCCCACCUGCUCCAGAGAGAAGUGCCGCUUUACAAGGAGGUAUCGAGGCCCUGGUGAGAGGCAGAGCUGUCAAAAAAGAUCCCGUCCUUGAAAGUGGCCCUUUGAAGAAGAAGGGUGUGUUAUUAUCUGCAAAAUCACAGGGAAAGCUGAAAUCUCUAAAAUCAAGACGGGUGCAGCCUCAAGGAAAGCAUGCCCAAUUUCAAGAUACAAUGGUAGCUUUCCAGCUAAAAGAGAACAAACAACUUGUUAAGGAGCGCAAAAUACCCCACACGCCUCCAAACCCUGCACCUCCACCUGCUUCACCUCAGCGGUACGUUCCUAGACUAGCAUGGCUUGAAGCAGAAUCUUCAAGAAUAAUGAAGGCUCUAACUUACCUUAGUAUAGGAGAAAUGAAAAAAAAAGUACAGAAGUUAAGGUCACAAAGUGUUUCUCCAGCCCAGGAUGUGGACAAAGUUGAGAAGGCAAUCCAGGAGCACUCAGAACCUCUAUUAGAUAGGACACAGGUACUUGCAGCAAAUACAGAUAUUCUGAGUGAAAAGCUAUUGGAUGAUCUUUUGGAAGAUACUGCUCAGGAACGGGGGACUGUGAAGCAGUAUGAGAGACUCCAGACCGAGGCUCUGCCUGUGGCUGACACUCAUAGCCUAGAGUCAAUGUUGCAAAGAAUGGAAGAAAUUGAAAGAUACCAGGAGGCCGUACGCAGGAGAUUCACUCAGAUUGUAUACAGUGAUUCAGAGCUUUUGGCCCAGGAAGACAGAAUGAGACAACAAAUUGCAUCAACUAAAAGACCUACAUCUCCUCAUCCAAUUCAGAUAACCAAAUUAACUGGACACACGGAGCCAGAAAUGGACAUUUUAUUUGAAAAACUUUCUGAUGGCAUUGAUACUGAUGAAAACGAAGAAGCAGAGGAGAAAUUACAGAGUGGAAAUGACAUUCUGCAGUCCUUGACUCUGAAUUCUUCGCAGAAGGAAUGCUGUGUGUCUCUCUCUGUGCCACCACAUAUGCUCCAGAGCAUCUUGGAUUAUAACUGCAGAUACAAGCAUCACUUAAAGCUUAUUUCCCAUGAGGCAGUAGGCAGUUUUAAUCCAUGGCAGAUUGCUGAGAGUCUUGCAGAGCAGCUGACAGAAGAAGCACUAUGUGAUGUGGCAGCAGAGCUGCAGGAUGUCUGUGAGGAUUAUGCAGAAGCUGUGUUCACAUCAGAGUUUUUGCAGCCAGUGCAGUAA